CGUGAACUCAUGCAAACCAAACUAUUUCUUUCGAAGCACUGCAGUUGAACUGCAGAAACUUCCCUUUUAAAGACAAUUUAGCCGCGAAGAAUACUGAAAAAGAACGGUGGAAGAUUGAAAAUAAGACGAAUUUUGUUUGACGUGUCAGGGAAUUGAGCAAAUUCCAGUGUCGUAGAAAGGCACGAUCCGCACUGUUCAGCAGCGUGCAGAUGUCAUUCACGCCAUUAAGUUCCAUCACCGUUGAUCGUUGAUUCGAUUUUAAAAACGGUUGUUUAAAGCAACUGGUCACUGAAACGAAACUCAAAAUGGCAGAAGAAGUUCAAGAAGGGCAACAGUUGAGCGACAGCGACAAAGCAGCCGAAAAACCAGCUCAAGACAAUCCUGAUCAAGAGACGGAACAAAAAAACGUGCAGCUGACUUCGUCAGGUAAUAACUUGUUUAUGAAUCCUACUCGAGUGCUUUUCAUUAUUGUAUUUAUUUUUGACAGACUUAUAAACACCAUAUCAAAAGACCGAUGUUCGGCGUUUUAGUCUGGUUACGCAAGAUCCAUCGCGAAUAUUCUUAACUUCCUAUUUCCUCGUAAACGAUGCAUGAAAUUUAUCAAAUAUCGACAGCUCUUUCGUAACGUUCGAUUUGUUUUAAGAGACCGUGAUUGUGGUUUUAUCCACGAGUAAACCCAAAACCCAAGUAGCCGGUGAAAAGCUUUAAAAACCACCUCGAAUGUUUCGAUUACAAGGUUGCUUCCAAUAUAAACGAUUGUGCAAGCGAACGAACUACCUCAACAAGGCAGUUUCCCUUAAAUAAUUCAAUAAAUUAGACUUCAUUGAAGUACAUAAAAAAUCACGAAAUGAAAAUCAAGAAUUUCAGCUUUACUUAUCAGCAUGAGCAAAUUGUUGUUAUGAAUUGUAUAGCUUUUAUAUCAAGAUGGAAACAGGCAAAACUCUAUCCUUUUAAAUGCCUACGUUAUAGUAACUACCUCACAGUAGAAGUACAUAUUAUUCACUACUUUUAUUUUCUCGGUCAAUGGCUUUGUUGUUCCUGUCUAAUAUUUAGUUGUAAUUGGGAUUCUUUACAGAGCCACCACAAGGUAGUGAUCCUGUGGCACAAGAGGAGUCCGAACCAGAAACAGGAGAUAGCUCAGCUCCACAGGAGCCCGUCUCCAAUGAAGGCGGUACAGAAUCAUCUGAGAGUGCAGAGCCUGUGAAAGAUGCAGGUGAAGGACUUGCUGUAAGUGAGGAACAAGGAAAUCAGAGGGAAUUAGAGGAAAACACACCUGAGGAAAAUGAGAAUAACAAUGUUAAGAGUGAGGAAAAUUCAGAAGUACCCAAGGAAGAGACAGAAGUUAACAAUGAUGGUGAGAAAAAGGCAGAGUUACAGGAAGGUGAUAGUGUGCCACAAGAGGAAAGUAUUGCUCAAAAACCUGGUGAUGAACAACAAGCUGAGGUGAAACCAGAAGAGAAGAGGGAGGAACCUACAGAGGAAGAAAACAAAGAGGAACAAGGUGCAGUCAGCCAGGAGGAAAACAAGCCAGCUGAUGGAGAAAGUAAUGUUCAAAAACCCAGUGAGGAGCAACAAGCUGAAGGAACAGCAGCAGAAUCUGAAAAUAAGGAUAUAGCAGAGAAGCAAGAAAAUGAAUCAAAUGGAGAAAAAGGAGAUGCUCCUGACAUAACCAAUACCAACCAAGAAGAAGCUACAGAGGGCACUAUAACUACAGAAGAUUCUUCUCAAAAACCCAGUGAUAAGGAUGAAGCUGAUGGAGCAACUAAACCAGACAUAACACCUGUAGAGACAGACAACAACAAAGAUAAUCAGAUAGUACAAGCAACUCCAGAGAAUGAACCCACAGAUGUGAAGCAGGAAGAGGUUUCAGAGGAAGCUGACAAGCCUGUGGAGAACCAGGAACACAUCCAGUCAGAUGCUGCACCUACAGAACAACAGCCUGCUGUGACAACAACACAGAUUGCUACCGUACCUACAAAUGAAGCACCACAAACCAAACAAGAUGAACUUCAAGAAGAGAACAAAAAAUUAAAACAAGAUAUGUUUAUGAUGAAACAACAAGAGGAUGCCUACAGAAUCAAAGUCCUUAGCUUGGAACAAGAAGUUGGAAAGUUAAGAGCAAGAAAAAUUGACAAUAGAAGUACAGGUGUGUAUCUCUUUUUCAUGCAGGAAAGUAGGACAGCUGUGGGCCUAAAUUCAUCAUAGACUCUUUACAGUUCUACUGGGUAGUAUUGAACAAACCUUCACUCCCAAGGUCUCAUUAGUAAAUUUCCUUGCUGUCUGCCCUACAAUUCUUAUGAUGUUAGGUCAGAGAAUUUGGUAUUGGAUCAAGAAAUAAUUCUGUAAUUGGUAUUUUUUUCUAUUCACUUGCCUGUCUGAUGUUGUAUUGAUAUGCUAUGGAUAAAUUCUGUCCUAAUCACACAUUGGAAUUAAAGGGUUAACGAAAAAAUCUGCUGUUACUCACAUUCUUUAUGUUGGAAAAAAAAUUACCAGAUACUCAUAAAGGAAAGCCUGGGAUUAAAUCUUAUUAACAUAGUCUAACACCCAAUCAAUAACCUAGGAAAAAGUAAAUGAAAAAAUCUAAUGUGAUGUCUUUUUUUUCUUUUGUUGUCAGAUUCACUUGCCUCAGACUCAGACAGUUACUUAAAACAGAAAUUGGCAGAAACUGAGAGGGAACUAGAUACAGCAGAGAGGAAAGUGAAGGACUUGCAGCUGAGACUGAAACGAUUUGCUAAAGAUGAUCAGAUUAAGGAUGAAAAAAUCUUCCAAAUGGAAAAGGAGGUCAAAGAAUUAUCAGAACAUAUAAAGAAAUUAGAGCGCUCAGUGGAGGAUUCCAAAACAGAGAACAAUAAUAAUGCAACCCUACAGGCAAACCCAGACAAAAAUGAUUCAAAAGUUUGUAUAAUUCUCUGAUAUUGAAAAUUGUUUUUAUACUCAUUUUUAUUUAUUUUUUGAAUUGUUAUGGUUGACUGUAAAGGAUGUUGAAUAUUUAAAUUUGCACAAAUGAACUUUUUUUAUCGACAAAGGCAUUUCAAUACGAUAUUCAUAUGUGUAUUCCAUAAUUACUAAUAUAUUGACAUGUUAUUUUCAUCAGUUAUUUGAGGUUUGUUAAAAGCAUUAUACUCUAAUUUAUGUUGAGGAAAAAGAAGAAUUCUAAGUUGAAUUCCCCAAGCUCAACAACUUUAAUUUGUACAUUAAUAGUAGGCAACCACAUUUCUUUUGAGGCAAUAUACAGAUCACAAGCAUUUUCUUAUACAAGUAGACAGUAAGCAGGAUUUUGUCAUUCUUGUUUCACAGACAUGUAAGCCUAAAGAUUAUUUUUUGUGAAUACACUAUUUUUGAUACAUGUAAAUACUUUUUUCAGAUAGCUUACUUUGUACAAUUGUCACAAUCUGCAUACCUGACAACUAAGUUGAUCUGACAUCUGGAAUGUUUUACAGGAUUCCUAUAGUAGACUUGACUCUUUCUGAAACCCAAACAUCUCAUUUCUCAUUGACUUGAAAAAGGAACAAAAAAUAACGAUGAAAAUUAAAAGCUUUUGUAUAUAAUUCCUCAAAAAAAAUCUACAUUAACUUAUUUCUUUCUAAGGCCCUAAUGGUAUUUCAGUAUGUAUACCAUUUUAUAUUUUAAUGUCAGAGUUACACAGGAUGCCAAAAAUAGUUGAAUGUGUUUGAUACUUAUUGUUUGAUGUUCUGUUUUAAGAACACAGUUUUCCAUUAUUACCUAGUAAACUCCACUAAUCACAGAACCACAAAGACUGACAAAGUAUCCAUAGAAUGGAUGACUGCACAAGUAACAACCACAUCAAGUUUCACUAAAUCAAUUGUUUUUUCACUCAAAAAUUGCCAUGUUGUUUCAUGAGAUUUAAUUAAAUCAAUAAAUGAAGAGCC